AUGCCGUCGUCCUUCUCACCCGCCCUCGACGGCGCCUCGUCGUCUCGCCACCGUCAGAUCGCGCCGCCGCCCAAAGUCGACCGGCCAAUCUCCCUCGAGGCCGUCGCCGAUUGGCUCGUUCUCUCCAAUGGGGCGCGCUUCGGCCUCGAUAUCGGCGGCACGCUCUGCAAGCUGGUCUGCUACGAGCCGCACGGUUCCAAUUCCGACACGGACUUCAUCCGUCACUCACUUGACGGUUUUUCGUCUGCAGUUACCAUCCCCGUUAACGGUAACGGACGAUCUCCGGACCUUCCGAAGCGGAGAAGUGGCGACGGUGGGACUUGGGGGUGCAGAUGCGGCGGAUCGCCUGGCGGCAGUUCCAAGGCGGGGAGGUGCGCCGGCAGGUGCGGCGCGGUGCGGAGGGAAAAGCGCAGCGCGGGGGCGUGCAGCAUCCUGCGGCGGGAGAGCCACGAGCCGAUCGGGCUUGGGCCGGGAGGCGGACGUCUGUACUUCAAACAAUUCGAGACGUGGCAUAUGGACGAUUUUCUCGCGCUCGUGCAGCGCCGCAGCCAAGGCACGCUCGCCGCGCACCCCGUUGGCGCCACGGGUGGCGGCGCGCGCAAGUUCAGAGGGCAGUUUGAAGGGAUAGCGGGCGUGCAGCUGGAACGAGCAGAUGAGCUGCAAUGUCUGGUGCGCGGAAUCGACUUCCUUGUGCGCGUGGCGCCUGGCGAUUGCUACGGCUUUGCCCACGUGGACGCCCUGCCACAACAAGGGGGCGAUGAGCAGGAGCAGCAGCAGGGGCAUGGUCGGGGAGGGUCGGCAUCUGACUGGGACGAGGUGGCACAGGCGUUCUGCACUGGCAGCGACGGUGAUGGGCGCGCGAGAACAGGCGUUGAGGGAGAGGAGGGGGGAGAGCAUGGAGAGGCGAGAGAGAGCGGUGAUGGCCUGCAGUCUGGGUUGGCAGAGGGGCGGGGGGCAGGGGGAGAGGAGGUAGAGGAGGCGGUGGGGGAUGGUGCGUGUGUGGGAGAGGGAGGUGUUGUGGAUGGGGUAGAGGCGGAUGUUGAGGAUGGGGAAGGGGGUGAUAGUGAUGAGGAGAGCACUGAUGGUGAUGGCGGUGCAGCGAGGGAGAAUGGGAGGUUGGAUAAGGAGGAAGCGGAGGAGGAAGAGGAGGAGGAGGAGGAGGAGGAGGAGGAGGAGGAGGAGGAGGAGGAGGAGGAGGAGGAGGAGGAGGAGGAGGAGGAGGAGGAGGAGGAGGAGGAGGAGGAGGAGGAGGAAGGCGAGGAGGACGAAGACGAGGACGAGGAGAGGGGAGAUAGGAGGGAGGGGGUGGAUGCGGGGAGCAGGGCAGAGGAGAGUCCCCCGGAGCUGCUCACGUACCCCUACCUUGUGGUGAACAUAGGGUCGGGGGUGUCCAUCCUGAGAGUUGAUGCGCCCGGCCAGUUUGAGCGCGUCGGAGGCUCUUCUCUCGGCGGCAGCACCUUUCUGGGCCUUGCAGUUGCACUCACAGGCUGCACCAGCUUCAAGGAGGCCAUGAGGCUGGCAUCGAGGGGCGACAGCACGUGUGUGGACAUGCUAGUGGGAGACAUUUACGGAGGUGACUACUUGGAGAUGGGCCUGGCUGCCACCACAGUAGCCAGCUCUCUUGGAAAGCUGGUGCGGCCUGCUGACAAGGCAUCACCGAGUCGUCGCCCGGAGAAUCUAGCAAAGGCGGUGCUGCUGAUGGUGACGAACAACAUCGGGUCCAUUGCCAUGCUGCAUGCUCGCCCCGCAGGCGUGCGCCACGUGCUCUUCACAGGCAGCUUCAUGCACAACAACAAGCUGGCCAUGCGGUCGCUAGCGGUGGCAAUGCAGUUCUGGUCUAACGGAGCUAUGAAGGUGGCCCUUGACCACCCCAUCAUGUCUCUGUGGCAGAAUGGGUACUGGACCCCGGCCCCGCCAGCUCCUCCAGCUCCUCCCGCACCUCCGGCACCCCCUGCGCCUCCGGCGCCACCUGCGCCCCCUGUGCUUCCCCUGGGCUUCGUUGACUGGCGCACCACUCCUCCUUUGGACCCGCUUGAGGAGGAGGGGUUUCCUGAACACGUCGCUGAGGACGGUGAGAAUGAGACGAAUGCCGAGAACGAGAACAUGGAAGACAACGUCGGGGAUUUCCAGAUCCCUACGUUUCCGGAUGACUUGAUCCACAACGAAAACGGGCCUCGCUCCAACGUUGACGGUGCUCCAGCAGUUCACAGCGCCCGCAAGACUAACCACCGUCGCACUGCGCGAACCAUGGGUGAGAAGCAGGAAUGGCUCGCGCGGAUGGACGAUGAGAAGCUCUCUGUUCGCGCCACUGCACGUCUCGCCGGGGUGCAGCCUGUCAGCGUCCGCCGGUGGAUAAGGGCGGCGGAUCGGAUUAAGAAGGCGGCACCGUCCAGGCGCCGACUCAACGUGCACGUCGCCCCUGAGGUGGAGGAGUGGGUGAACCCACUGUUCGCCACAGCCGCGGAGGAUGAGGAGGCGGCAAAGGCUGCGGAUGCUGAGGAUGCCGGGGACCUGGAGGAGGAGGAGGAGGAGGAGGAGGAGGAGGAGGAGGAGGAGGAGGAGGAGGAGGAGGAGGAGGAGGAGGAGGAGGAGGAGGAGGAGGAGGAGGAGGAGGAGGAGGACGACGACGACGACGACGAUGUGGAUGACGAGGAAGAGGAGGCGGAGGGUGGGCUGGAGGAGGACGCGAACGCUAACGGCCCCGCCGUCUCCUUUCAGCGGCCCCGCCACUACGCCUGCAGCGGCCUCGUCGCCGCCCUUUCAGCGGCCCCGCCGCCUCCUUCAAGCGGCCCCGCCGCCUCCUUCAAGCGGCCCCGCCGCCUCCUCUCCGCGGCCCCGCCGCCUCCCCUCGGCGGCCCAGCCGCCUCCUCUCAGCGGCCCCGGACGCCGCCCUCUCAGCGGCCCUUCCGCCGCCUCCUUUGCGGCCCCGCCGAGCCGCCCAGCAGCAGAGCCGCCGAGCCGCCCAGCACCCGAGCCCCCGAGCCGCCGAGCUGCCGAGCCGCCCAGCAGCCGAGCCGCCAAGCCGCCCAGCAGCCGAGCCGCCGAGCCGCCCAGCAGCCGAGCCACCGAGCCGCCCAGCAGCCGAGCCGCCGAGCCGCCCAGCUGCCGAGCCACCUACCGCCCAGCUGCCGAGCCGCCGAGUCGCCCUGCAGUCGAGCCGCCCGAGCCGCCCUGUCUGAUGACCUGCAGCUUUUCUUACAGUGCAAUAGGGCGGACGGUCUCUCUCUCUUUGACCUCACCUCUGGUGCCUCUCCUGCCCCUGCUGCUGAUGCAGACGCCACUGUCCGCUCACAGUGGGCCACGCGCGAUGCUGCUGCACGUCUUGCUGUGCGUCGCCACCUGCCUACCUCUGAGCGUGCGCACUUAAGCUAG